UCAAAAUUGAAUUCCUAACCUAUAUUAAUACCUCUUCAACACACGACAAAACUGACUAUAUUUGUGUUGAAUGCGUUGAUAAUUAAUAGCAAUAAGUAUUGUAUGAUUUCGAGAAUCAAUGAAUUGAAAAUAUCUCAAAUAACCAUUUCAUCCAUUCAUUCACAAAAUGAAUUCGAAGAAAUUUGAAAGUGUUUACAUUUCCACUAACUGCAACCAAUGUACUAAUGCUCUUCACUGGGGAAACAAUAAUUUAAUAUGUUAUGGAUCUUGCAACAGUGUCUGCAUAUACAACUUAGACAUCGGUUCAGGAGGAAAGGUAACACAAACAUUAGCCCAACAUAAAGGACAAGUUAAUUCUGUUAAAUGGCUGAAAGGUUCAGAUAUUCCCGAUGAAAAUGAACUUGUGUCAGGCAGUACUGACGAAAAUGUUAUUGUUUGGACAUUGGAUGGUGAUGAUGUUAAACAUGAGAUUUUAAAAAGCCAUACUUCCAAUGUCACAGUGGUUGAUGGUAUCUAUAAGGGUGAAAAUAAAAUGAACGCUAUUGUAGUUAGUGCAUCUAUGGAUAGUACAAUUAAAGUGUGGCUACGGAAAAAUCCUUCAGAAAAUUUUACUCUUAUUCAAACAAUAGAACUUGGUUAUAACCUUUGCAUUGCUCUGAGGUUAUUUUCAAUUAAUAAUCAGCUUCUACUAGCUUUCACACUAGAUGACUGUUCUAUAAGAUUGUACAUGGAAGAUGAAGGGUUCAAAUUUGUCUCUUCUGUAAAAUUAGAAGGUCAUGAAGAUUGGGUCUGUGGAUUAGAUUUGAAGAAAGAGGGAGAUGAUUUUCUUCUUGCAUCAUCAGGCCAAGAUAAUUAUGUCAGAAUCUGGCGAUUUGUUCAAUGUGAGAAAGAUACAAUUGGCCAAAGCAAACUAGCUCUAAAAACUUUGAGCUGGGAUUAUCAAAUCAAUGUAGAAUCUGUUUUAAUUGGACAUGAAGGAUGGGUUUAUUCAGUCUCGUGGAACCCUGUGGAAAAAUCAUUACUAUCAGCUUCUUGGGAUAAAACAAUGGUGAUAUGGGAAUAUGACAAAGACAAUGAUUUGUGGAUGGAUAAUAUAAGAGUUGGUGAAGUGGGGGGUAAUACACUAGGAUUUUACGGGGCAAUGUUCGGUCCUGAUGGAGACACAAUGAUUGGUUAUGGCUAUCAUGGAGCUUUUCAUGUUUGGAAAAAUGAUGAAAUAGAUUGGAAUCCUGUGGUAACUGUUGGUGGUCAUUUCAGUGAAGUAGUUGAUUUAGCUUGGGAUCCAAAGGGGGCCUACAUAUUUUCUGCAUCCUUGGACCAAACUUGCAGAAUUCAUGCUCCUUGGCCUACUGAAAAAGAACCUAUCACUUGGCAUGAAAUAGCAAGACCACAAGUGCAUGGGUACGAUAUGAAUUCCAUAGCAGUCUUUUCAAAGUAUAAAUAUGCAUCAGCAUCUGAAGAGAAAGUCAUAAGGACGUUUAGUGCACCACAAAAUUUCAUAGAUAACUAUAGAAGAAUUUGUAAAAUAGAGAAGGAUGAUGAAGAGUCAGAAAGUGAAAAUUCUGGAGGAGCUAAAGGAGCAGCUGUACCUUCUUUAGGACUGUCCAAUAAAGCAGUUUAUUCUGAAAAUAAUGAUUCUCUGUCUCUUAUUAAGGACACUAAAGAAAUGUAUCCAGAGGAAUCCCAUUUCACUGCUACUGAGCUUUAUGAACCCCCAACAGAGGAGAACCUUCUUCAGAAUACACUCUGGCCAGAAAUGUGUAAGCUUUAUGGACAUGGAUAUGAAGUCUAUUGUUUAGCAUCCUCGUCUGAUGGCAAAUACUUAGCUUCUGCUUGUAAAUCAACUUCUCAAGAGCAUGCAGCUGUUUUAUUAUGGGACACUACCAAUUGGAAAAAUAUACAGAAAUUAGUAUCCCAUAAUUUAACAGUUUCGCAAAUUGCGUUUUCGCCAGAUUCACAGAAAAUUCUCACUGUUUCGAGAGAUAGAAGAUGGUCAUUGUUUGAGAAAAACAAUCAGGAACAAUUUGUCUUAGCUGCAACUACAAACAAAGCUAACGGUGUACAUUCUAGAAUAAUUUGGUGUUGUAGUUGGACACAUGAUUCCAAAUAUUUCACUACAGGAUCUAGAGAUGGAAAAUUGGCUGUUUGGACAAAAAAUGUCAAUAAAAGUCCUGAAGGUGUCCUUGGUCAAUAUGAGCAGGCUUCACCUCAUUUAUCAAUACCAAAAGACUCAAUUACAGCCGUCUCUGCAGCACCUUGCCUGUUAAACGGUAAAUACUUGUUCGGAGUUGGUUUUGAAUCUGGCGUUAUCUUCUUUUAUCAAUGGACAAUGGAAAAUUCAUGGCAAUCUGUUUUGGAGCUGAAUGGAAGCUUGGCCCAUCAUUUAACUGUAAGAAGAAUUCAAUUUCGGCAAAUUUUGGGAGAGGCAGGCAAAAAAGAGUUAAAUGAAAAUAUUUUACAAGUUGCAACAUGUAGUACAGAUACUUCACUCAAGGUUUUUAAUCUGUUUUUAGACAAGUUAUAAUGAUAAGAAUAAAGAAUUAAUAUUAUUUUUUAAA